GGUCCGGACAGUCGCCACGGCGUCUGCGCACGGGGAAGCUGGUUGCCGCCGCGGCCGCCUGGAAUUGUGGGGUUUGUGUUUGCCCCUCGGCUGCUUUGCGGGAGGCCCAAGGUCUCUUAACUAUGGCCUCCCAGAACCUGCCACCAUCUAAGAUGGCUCCUCUGGGCAUGCUGUUUGGGUUGCUGAUGGCCUCCUGUUUCACCUUCUGUCUCAGUCGUCAAAACCUGAAGUCAUUUGCACUGACCAACCCAGAGAAGAGUAGUACCCAAGAUACGGAAAGAAAAGAAACCAAGAUAGAAGAAGAGCUGGACACUGAGGUCUUGGAGGUGUUUCACCCAACCAACGAAUGGCAGGCCCUUCGACCAGGUCAAGCUGUCCCUGCUGGAUCCCAUGUGAGGCUAAAUCUUCAGACUGGAGCAAGAGAAGUGAAACUACAGUAUGAAGACAAGUUUCAGAAUAAUUUGAAAGGCUUGAAAAAAGGCAAAAGACUGGACAUCAACACCAAUACCUACACAUCUGAGGAACUCAAGAGUGCUCUGGCAAAAUUCAAGGAGGGAACAGACAUGGAGAGCUCAAAGGAAGACCAGGCAAGGCAGGCUGAGGUGAAGAGGCUGUUCCGCCCCAUUGAGGAGCUGAAGAAGGAGUUCAGUGAGUUGAAUGUUGUCAUUGAGACUGAUAUGCAGAUCAUGGUACGACUGAUCAACAAGUUCAAUAGUUCCAGCUCCAGCCUGGAAGAGAAGAUCGCUGCACUCUUUGAUCUCGAGUAUUAUGUCCAUCAGAUGGAUAAUGCGCAAGACCUGCUUUCCUUUGGAGGCCUUCAGGUGGUGAUCAAUGGGCUGAACAGCACAGAGCCUCUGGUGAAGGAGUAUGCUGCGUUUGUGCUGGGGGCUGCUUUUUCCAGCAACCCAAAGGUUCAAGUGGAGGCCAUUGAAGGGGGAGCCCUUCAGAAGCUGCUGGUCAUCCUGGCCACGGAGCAGCCUCUCACUGCAAAGAAGAAGGUCCUGUUUGCACUGUGCUCCCUGCUGCGUCACUUCCCCUAUGCCCAGCAGCAGUUCCUGAAGCUCGGCGGGCUGCAGGUCCUGAGGAGUCUGGUGCAGGAGAAGAGUACGGAGGUGUUGGCCGUGCGCGUGGUCACCUUGCUCUACGACUUGGUCACCGAGAAGAUGUUUGCUGAAGAGGAGGCUGAACUGACCAAGGACACAUCCCCGGAGAAGCUGCAGCAGUACCGUCAGGUGCACCUGCUGCCAGGCCUGCGGGAACAGGGCUGGUGUGAGAUCACAGCACGCCUCCUAGCGCUGCCUGAGCAUGAUGCCCGUGAGAAGGUGCUGCAGACCCUGGGCGCCCUCCUGGUCACCUGCCGGGACCACUACCGUCAGGACCUCCAGCUCAGCAGGACACUGGCCAACCUGCAGGCUGAGUACCGGGCACUGGCUGCCCUGGAGCUACAGGAGGGUGAAGAUGAGGGCUACUUCCGGGAGCUGCUGGGUUCCAUUGACAGCCUGCUGAAGGAGCUGAGAUGAGGCUGCCCUGACACCAGGGCAGCCUGGGCGGGGGGCACUGCUCCUGAGGCUUGGGGUCACGCCUUGGAGUAGGUUUUGCAAGGCACAUCUCACAGGAAGGCAUAUUUCCCACCUGGGGCAUGGGUACCAUCUGGGCAAUAUGGAGUGACUAUUAAAUGAAGCUGUGAAGGCUAUUGUCUACUGAGUCUAAGCACACUGGGCAGAGCUCUGUGCCUGGGCACUGCAUCUGGAAUGUCUGGGGGGUCUGUCAGGGGUGUGAGUGGGUGAUGGGCUGGCUGAACAGCACAGAGUGUCCAUCAACAGGUUCUGUGGGAAGGAUGUUGGGUCAGGGGUUGGAAACUUCUGGCUGUAUGCCUGCAAUUGUGCUGUGACCUUGAGAAGUCAUUUAACUUCUCUGAGCUUCUUUCCUCUGUCAGAAGGAGUGCCAUGGAAGGACAACAUUUACCUAAGACGCUGCGCCAGAUGUGUAUGCCUGACGAGCUGGUUCCUCCCCACACGGGCAGGAGGGAAGGUCUAGGCAGUCACUCACUGUCCUCCUCCCCACGCCCAGCCUUGGCUCUGGGGAAGCCCAGGCAGCUGCUGGAGCCCAAGAUGGGUGGUCCUUGGGAAAAGAGUGAUCUCCAUGGAGUUGCUGGGGACAGGAGGAGGGGGACAGGCACAGGACCCUCCAGACCUUGCCCCAGCCUAUGUACAGCAAGGUACCCCACCCUGGGUAAGACGUCUCACCAUCAGGGCAUCCGAGCCUGGUGCGUCCUGGCCCCCACCCUGAGAGGCUGGGCUUAGGCUGGGAGCCUGCCACAGGUUGCCAUGGUAACCCAGGCUCUGGGCUUUCCUGAUUUGGAUUCUGGUACAUUUGUUUUUCAGCCUUCCUCAAUGCACCAGAGGCUAG